GACAAAAGAGAGAGAUUGAAUAAUGGUGAGGGUUUUAGGGGUUCCAGUUUUGGCGAUGGUUUUGGUUCAAAUUGCUUAUUCUGUGAUGAACUUAAUGUACAAGUUGGCUGUGGAAGAUGGGAUGAAUAUGAGGGUUUUGGUUGCUUAUCGUGCCUUCUUUGCUGCUGCUUUUAUGGCUCCUCUUGCUCUACUUAUUGAAAGGAAAAGGCUACCCAAACUAUCGAGGGUGAUACUUUACCAAGCAUUUCUUUGUGGAUUAUUAGGGAUAACACUUUCGCAAAAUUUAUACAUCGAGGGUUUAGCUCUGACAUCAGCAACAUUUGCCGUGGUUAUGACUAAUCUCAAUCCUGCAUUCACAUUGGUGUUCGCCAUUUGUUUUGGGAUGGAGAAAUUAAAGGUGGAAACGAGGGCAGGAAAGGCCAAGGUUGUAGGGACAGUGGUGGGAAUGGGUGGGGCCAUGCUCUCCACACUCUACACAGGCAUUCAAAUUCCCAUCUCCACCGCACAUCUGCAUCGCCAUCAAACCCCACAUCGCCACGUGGCAGCAUCGCACGCCUCCUUCGUCACACACCUUUUUGGCUCCCUCUUCGCUCUCUCCAGUUCUGCAUUUUAUGCACUCUGGUUAAUAGCUCAGGGGAAGAUGAACGAGUCGUACCCUUACUAUUACUCGAGCACUGCUCUGGUGACGGCAAUGGGGUUUGCUCAAUCGCUUAUUGUUGGACUCUGCACAGAGAGAGAUUGGGAUCAGUGGAGGCUUGGCUUCAAUAUUAGGCUUCUGUCAGCUGCUUAUUCGGGAAUUGUGACAUCAGGAGUGGUGAUUGCACUUAUAUCUUGGUGUGUGAGCAAAAAAGGGCCACUAUUUGUAUCAAGCUUUAACCCAUUGGCCAUUGUGGUGAUAGCCAUUGCUGGGUGUUUAGUUCUUGAUGAGAAGUUGCACUUAGGAAGCAUAUUGGGGGCAACUUUGAUCGUUUGUGGAUUGUAUAUGGUAUUGUGGGGCAAAAGUAAAGAGACAAAGUAUACGACUGAAGCAGUAUCACCUGAAGCUCCCUCGACAACUUAA